AUGAGGUCUAGAGGCAAUGGCUUUCUAGGCAACUUGGUGAUGAAAAAAACAAACGCAGGUGACACAGCAGCAGCAGCAGCAGCAGCAGCAGCAGCAGCAGCAGCAGCAGCAGCAAAAGGAGAUGGUGCUAGUGAUGCUAAUAAUGAACUCUAUGGAUUUGAACCAGAAGCACUCGACUUCGUUCUCACCAUGCCUGACAAGCGUCUGUUGGUUCCUUACAACGAUCCAGAUGCAGCGAAUUCUCGUUUAGAGACGAUCGAUGAUUAUGUAGCUUUUGGUGCAGCAGCAGCAGCAGCAGGAGGAGCAGCAGCAGCAGCAGCAGCAGCAGCAGCAGGAGGAAGAACAACAGCUGGGGGGCCCUCUGCUUCUUCUGUUGAAGGGUUUCAAACCCCCAAGAUGAGGUCUAGAGGCAAUGGCUUUCUCGGCAACUUAGUGAUGAAAAAAACUAACGCAGGUGACACAGCAGCAGCAGCAGCAGCAGCAGCAGCAGCAGCAGCAAAAGCAGAUGGAGCAGCUAGCGAAGCAAACAACGAACUCUAUGGGUUUGAACCAGAGGCACUAGACUUCGUACUCACCAUGGCUGAUGAAGACGAAGUCGAAGAAAAUAUGCGAGAUGAAAUUCCUUAUGAAAUGGAAACAGAUUUUGGUGUCAACGAUUUGCCUUAUCUUAGAGGGGAGGAGGGGGGUAGUGAGAUGGAGGAGAUGAACAAGGUGUGCCAAGAGCUAGUAAAAAAGUAUGAAAGUGAGUCUUUAUAA